AUGACGACGACGCUCCCUCGACGGUUGGUGCCAGCCGGCAGGUUAUCGACCUCCAGCAAUACGACGGCCGGCGAUGAUAACAGGCCGAUUUACCGGUGUGUGAUUACCGAACAAGCACAGGCACAGCCGACGCGUCUCGAAAAUGGGUACUUACCCGAACGCUCACUACAAUGGAGGCAUCGUCGCCGCACAAACACGCAAACUUCACCAGCAAGGGACACGAGAAAGCGAUCGACGGAACAAGACAAACUGACGAGUCCAACAGCAACAAAAACACCCACAACGGACGGUGCAACACACGUGGUAAAAGACACCGUUGCUACAACGAGAGCGACGGCACCAACGUUUUGGACGACGGUCACGAGAGACCAAAGCACACUGCUUUUACUUAAUAAUAUUUGUCGUGUAGGAACCGAUUGUCACACUCCGGCCAAAGGAGGGGAAACGCUGGGGGUCCCCCACAGGCUUAUCUCGAGCAAAGGUCACAAGCUCCGUGCCCGGGAAUGCGAGAUAUCUGAACCGGUGGGUAAUAUAUAUCUUGAACACCAUAAAUGUUUAGCUUUUUUUUUAAUGUAUCUAUAUAUCAAAUUUUUUUCAUAUUAA